CUUUGCUAAUUAACUGAAUGUGCAAUUAUAGCAAGGCAGCUUUAUUUCGCUUGGCAACUUAGAAAACGCUUGCAUAGCUAGCUAUAGACCUGCUAUGCAAGCCUUUUAGCAUGGAAACACCAGCCUCAGGUUUUUGGCGUGUGCUUCGAGACACUUGAUUUUUCAGUGUUUGUGGAGGAAUACAAUGAACUCAGUGUAAAAUGUAGUUCUGGCUGAGGCUGUGUCGACGGUUAUGUUCUCCUGACACUUGUGAAAAUCGAUCGUAAUUGAUCGAUGUUAACAUUCUUUGUGCACCGUGGUGCACCGGGUAAACUACAGUAUUUAGCCAGCUAAUUGGUGAGAUUUGGGUUUUUUUUCCCCCCUCCUGAUUACCCUUGAGCUCUGUCUGCCGAAGUGAUUUGCAAAUAAAUCUGCAAGCAUCUUUUUGUCUUCUAGUACUGCACUGGUAUUGCGAAAUGGACAAUAGGAGGAAAGUGAAAUUUAAAUGGUUAAAAUCGGCGGUGUGGUCACCUACUAAAUACAGGAAGAACAGCAUGGGAGUAGCUACGCCAACCGGUUUGCACCGUGAUACCAGUGAAGAGGCCUGCUCAGAUUCCUUGAACAUGUCAACGAGCUCCACAGACUUGAAUGGACUGGAGAACAUCAGCUUGGACACUCCAAAGAGGCCUUUGCCAUCAGCAAAUAAACAGGUGGUGAAUAGUUGCCCAUCUGUAAAGACGUCAGGCAAAAGCAACAGAGAUCGGAAGGACCGUAGGAAGCUAUUUCACACAGAAAGUCAGCUUUCCCCCCCUCUUAAACAGGAAGCUAAGGUGGACAACCCAUGCACCUUGAAGGAAUCCUUGAAAACCUUAGAUAAUAAGGAGGUUUUAAAAUAUUCCCCGACUGGUCAGAAUCAGAAAAGCAGGAGCCCAGGGCAUGGUUCAAAAGCAAUAUAUGUCAAGGCGCUGACAGCUGCCAUUUUGGGAGGUGCAAAGAAGAAGCCAGCGGAAGUUGAGGAAUACUGUGCUGAGAGAAGCCCCUCCACAGUACUCAGGCCCCAAGAUGGGGACAUCAGUGAGGAGAUGCCUGGGUUAGAACUUGUCCAUGGCAUGCGUUUUGAUUGCUCCUUUACAAACAAAAUGAAGUCUCCUGAAGGAGCACAUAUUGGGGGUGAGGACAACAGGGCUGGACCAUUAGUGUUCAUUGAUAGGGACCUGCAAGAUGACACUGUUUUACCUGGGAAUGACACGAGGAGAAUCAUUUUGAGAGAGGACUUUGAGGAUCCAGAUUGGUCUGAUGUGGAUGACCCGGUGGAGGUUCAGACCUUUUCCCAGGAUGAGGAAUGUGUCACUAGCACCCAGUCAAAUGAACACUGCCAUGAUGAUACACUUCCGCCUCUUGAAUAUGUGGCCAAGCCACUGCCUCACUUCAUGGUUCUAGACAGACCUUUAGAGACGUGGAGUGGUGGAGUUCAGCCGCCCUACAACCCCUUGGCAUCAAGCACAUUAAUUACAGGAAGAAAGUCACCCUGUGACCCCUCUCAAAACACAUGGAGAGAACAAAUCCAGUCUCCCUGCAGUCCUUCUCCAAACACAUUGGACCCCACCCAUCAACCCUUCAGCUUCUCUCCAAACGUGUGGAGUAGUGGUGGAGUCUAUUCGCUGUGUGAACCCUCCCCAAAAUCAUGGAGUUGUGGAGUCCAGUUGCCUUCUCCAAACCCACUUCAGAGUGUCCAGUCCCCAGGUCUGUGCUCUGUGAUGAGCCAGCAGCACCAAAGUAAUGCAAAUCAGUCUGCUAACCCUUUUGCUUUGCCAAUCCACAGCAUCAAAGCUACCUCCAGCUCACAUUCAAUAGAGUCCAGGGUUCCCCUCUACAGUAUGUUCCCCAGCUCCUCAGUUGAUUCCUCCAAAGUAAAUGCAAGGAGCUACUCAGACUCUAUCCUUCACUUCAAGACUUUUAUGGGUUCCACACAGGAAAGGACCAGACGGGUGUCCCUGAAGGCAGAGCCUGUCUGGGCCCAUCCUCCUCCAUGCUCGAGGGUGGGGCAGGUGGGUUUCAUUGACACCCACUGCCACCUGGAUAUGCUGUACGGCAAGCUUGGCUUCCACGGGUCCUUCUCCCGCUUCCGCAGCCUCCAUGAGAGCUCUUUCCCUCCCGAGUUCCACGGCUGCAUCGCGGACUUCUGCAACCCAAAGAUCAUGGUGAAACAGUGGAUCUGGGAGAGCCUUCUGAAGGAGGAGCUGGUUUGGGGUGCCUUUGGCUGCCACCCACACUUUGCCAAGGAGUACAAUGACGUACACGAACGCUACAUCCUGGACGCCAUGCGUCACCCCAAGGCCAUUGCAUUUGGCGAAAUCGGACUGGACUACUCCUACAAGUGCACCACGGACGUCGUUACGCAGAAGCAGGUGUUUGAGCGUCAGCUGCGCCUCGGUGUGGAGAUGAGGAAGCCUUUGGUGAUACAUUGCAGAGAUGCAGACGAAGACCUUUUAAACAUCAUGAAGAAGGUGGUGCCGAGGGACUAUAAAAUACACAGGCACUGCUUCACAAACAGCUAUGAGGUCAUUGAGCCAUUCCUCCAGGAAUUCCCCAAUCUUUCGGUGGGGUUCACUGCCCUCAUCACCUACCCCAGAGCUGUGGAGGCCAAGGAGGCAGUCAGGAGAAUACCCCUGGACAGAAUUGUGGUUGAGACGGAUUCACCAUACUUUCUCCCAAGACAGGUCCCUAAGAGCGUUAGCAGGUUCUCACAUCCAGGCCUGGCACUCCACACACUGCGGGAGAUCAGCACCCUGAAGGGGGAGUCCCUGUCCACCGUCUCCACCGCUAUAAGAAGCACAACCGCACAGCUGUAUGGCCUGUAACUACUCCUGCUGGUAACCUGCUAACCAUGCUGACUGAGUCCUCUACACCCACAGUGUGUAAAUCAGAGACCUUGCUCUAUCCCUGCUGUAGUAGCUUGCAGAGGGGACUUUUCUUUGCACUGACUAGCAUGGGUCACAAUUGUACACUGUACCAGAAUUGUCUGUAAAAUAUGUGGCUUUGCAUAUGAAGACAUGAUUGCUGAAAUGGGAUGGGAAUUAUUACAAAAAUGUAAAAGACAAUGUUAUUGAUUUGUACAUAUUCUCAAACUUUAAAGGCAUUCGAUGCCAACAUGUUUACCUGUUAAUCUGUUGUGAAAAUAGUCAUUUGCAGUAUUGGCAAAUGGAAUUUUAUUUGUAAUUUACUUUAGUAUAUUUUCUUAAUCUCUUGAAAACAGAAAUGCUUGUGCAUUUAGGUGGCAUAAGAUGUCCAGUUGUUUUCAUAAUCUGUUGGUUGAGACUUGUUAGAGUGUGUUUUAUUUAGUAGUAUUAGUUUGUGUUCCCAUCACACUGCAUUUUACUGUGGGUUUGUGCAACUUGUUCUCUUUUUUUUUUUCUAUGUUUUGAUUGGUAGUAGUUCCUUCAAUCAAACAAUUUAAUAUACAAGUCUUCAAAGCCACGUUCCGCACAGUUACGGCAAAGUACCUUAUUGUGUUUUUCCAGUACUUUCCCCCUACAACUCAUUAAAGAUGUUUUUAAUGGA